AUGGGCCGUUACCGUCGUUUGAUGCGGGCUCAGGAGAUGUAUGCCAAGAAGAUUCACUUGCCCUUGUCUGAGCAGAACUAUGACCCGAUGAUCCCAUACAUGGCGCCUUUCAUGGAGGAGGCCAAGUUUCAACUGCAGGAGGAGCAAGAGCUGCUGCAGUUGGGGGAGCCCAGACAAGCUGCCACGUUUCAUCCGUGGGACCGGCGCCUCUUCUCGGGCUACAACACGGGCUUGGGCGAGUCGACGCCCUACUCCACCUUCAUGACCUGGUGGGCGGUUGGGGGGGGCACCACCGGCCGGUCUCCGGUGCGGCGGUGCCGGGUGACCUGUAGAGUUGGGUGCUGGUAA